AGGAAGGGGAAGAUGCUCCCCGGGGGAGCGCGAAUCUGCGGUGUACGGUAGGGGAAGUCAGCUGAACGGCGGAAUGGUGAGGGUGAGGGUUCGAGAGCGACGAGAAGGGCAACCGCGCUCCACGUCGACUGCGGCGAGCGAUUCAGUUGCGAGUCGAGCCUCAUCGCGUCGACUUGUGGAAAAUCCCCCGGCGGUGCCCGUACGAUUGUCCGACUCGUAGCGCGGCUCGUUUUCCUUUUUUCUUUUUUUCGUCGCGCGCGCGAGAACCGAGGCGGAUGUUACGCGUUGUCGCGGCGUUGCGCUCCGGCGACUUGGUUACCCGGUGCUCGUCGGGAUUCAGUGCUACUCGUCGUCGAAAGUGCAGCCUCGUGCAUGGCUUCGUUCGCGAGUGAUACCCCUGUUUCGUUGCUGCGACGGAUACAUAAGUAAGAGAGGAGGAGGGGGAGGGGGAAAAGUGCGACGAAUUCCCCGGGAUUAGUUUCGCCGAUGAGCCUGAGAGUGUGGUAGGAAAAAAAGUGGUGCUUUCGUCGAGUACAACCGACGGCGCGAGCGAGGAUCGACCGCAAAAGAUGCUGACGUCCAGCGCGAAUCAGUAUCUCCGUCCUGAAUACCUCACGCCGCUACCUACUACGUUAGAUGCAAAGAAAAGUCCACUCGCGCUGCUCGCACAGACCUGCAGCCAGAUAGGAGCGGAUCCGCCGUCCAACAAAUCGCUGCUGAGUUCCCUGGACAAGUCGAGCAACCGAUCGUCCAAGACCGCGGAGCAAUCCCGCGACAAGUCGUCGCCGACGGUGACAGUGUCGGCCACCGUGCCAACGUCGACGAUCGAGUCGACCAAGACCAGUUUCAAGCCGUACGAAUCUUGCCUGGGGCGCGAGAAGGCGUCCAGCCCGGACGAGCCGCGAUCGUCGUCGAGUCACUCGGCUUCCGGGCGAUCCCGGACCCCCGGCAGCGGCGGGAAGCGAUGCCCUAGCAAUCAGAGCGCUGCGUCAACGCGCGCGGUCACGCCGCAAGGUAGAAAAACAGCGACGCCGAACGGGAGCGAGGUCGCGCGGGACUCGCCGGCUUCGAGAGGUUCGGCGCCCCUGGUGCCGUCGAGCGCGGCGGAGGCCGCCACGUCUCAGCCGACCGUCAGUAGUCCGUCGUUACAAGCGAAACCCGCCUACAGCCCGGCCGGGGUCCUCGCCAUGACCGAUCCAUCCAUCAAGGAUCUCCCAUUGGGCACGUUCAAGCCGGGCGUCAGUCUCCCGGCCUCCACCGCCGCCUACUUGGGCUACAGUCCCAAUCAAUUACCCAUCGACGUGAUGGCCAGCUCGCUCAUGUCUCAGCAUCACGCCGCCCUGAAGAACGGUCUCGUCGCCGCCAAUCCUUAUCUCGGGUACGCGCGGCUCAAGACGACGGGCGGACCCGCGGACAGCCUGAUGCCGAUAUGCCGCGAUCCCUACUGCACCGGCUGCCAACUGAAUUCGCAUCUGCUCUCGGGCUCCGUGGCGACCACCGCGGCCGUCGCCAGUAUCGCCAACGGGAAAUUGAUAUCAAGCGCGGGCGCGACGUCGGGUUCCUGUCCGGCCGGAUGCGCCCAGUGCGAUCACAAACCCGGCAGCGUCUCGCCUUACGGACCGCUCGGCGCGGCCGGCGCCGUCUACGCGCACGCGCAGCUCGCCGCCCUGGCCGCCGGCACGCAGCUGCCCUACGUCUGCAACUGGAUCGCCGGCGACACCGCGUACUGCGGCAAGCGAUUCGGCACGUCGGAGGAGCUGCUGCAGCAUCUCAGGAGUCACACGAGCGUGUCGACGAGCGGCGCGACCGAUCCCGCGAGCGCGGCCGCCGCGCUGUCCCUGCUGUCGCCGCCGGUCGGGCUCCCCCCGACCCACCCCCUGUUCGCCAGGUCUUAUCCCACGCCGCCCCUGAGCCCCCUCGCCACCGCGCGCUACCAUCCCUACGGGAAACCAUCGCCGCUCCUGCCGCCGUCUUUGUCGUCGCUGGGCCUGCCGCUCCCGCCGCCCCCGCCCCCGCACGCUACCGGACUACCGCCCUAUUUCUCGCCGUACUCCAUCUACGGGCCCCGUCUAGGCGCCGCCUCCGGGAUGCAUCAAUGAGUUCUCGGCAACGAGCGCUCGUGAGCCAAACGCUUGCGGGGUGAGUCGACCGGCCAGCUGUCAUCUCUCGGCGGAUUCGAGCGCGGAAACGGAGAGCGUUCUUGGCGCCGAUGCUUUGUACGCGGUAUUUAUGGAGCCGGAGCGAGGUUAUCGAGUUAUCGAGCGGAUAUCGAGGCGCGGUAGGAUUGUUGUUUUUUUCUCGCGAUCGUCUGCGUCUUCCGCAACUUGUACGCCAAGUCUUUUUUUACCUUGUAAUGACAAAUUCAACGUUGAAGAUUGAAUAAUGUGUACACACACGAAACGACGUCUCUUCUAUUGUCCUUUGGCGCGAAUCGCUAGUAUUCCCAUGUUGACGCAGCCGAAUUUUCAUACAUGUUUCGUAGAUAGCGUAAACUCUUGAAUAAGUAUGUUAAGUUGAGAAAAUAUAGAAUUCUCGAUAGGUAUUCACUUGAAAGUUUGCAAGAAUUGUUUCUUUUCAUAGGAAAUAAGUUGUUCUUAUCUUGUUGUCCAGUCUUUCGAGGUCAAAAGAUAAAAAAAAAUGGCUGCGUAUCCCUACCUCAGCUCUCUUUACAGGAAUAAUAAUCUAUUUUUGUCAAAAUUGCAUUGCAUUCGAACUACAUUUAGAAUGAUUAAUUCUCGCUCAGCAGCAUCCAUAAUAUAUGAAAUGUGUAUAUAGCGAACAGCAUUUGCUUGUAUUUGCUGUCAUUAAUCUCGCUCGAGAAUCAAGAUCAAAUAGAAAGUUAAAUACCUCUUUGAACAAAUUUCUAGCAAAAGUUUAACAUUUUUU